GUUCCUAGAUAAAUAUCUGCUAAUGGCUUCUAAUGGGCCUUAAUGACAGACGAGAACUUCCUAGUGAACACAGAGAAACAAACAAGUGACAAGAAUCUUGACAAUUGUGUCCUCCAUUUCACGAGGCCUCAUGUUGUGGAGAAUUUGACAAAGGUACCAGCACUUGAGUCCCCUGCCUCCAUUUCUCAAGCUACCGUCCAGAGGGAAGGAGAGCAGCACCCAUUAGGUUUUCACUCACUGCUAUCAUCCUGCUUCAGCAAAGAGGGAGUCUUACUUUUGACCAUUUAACCAAGGAAUUCAAACCAAGCAUGACGACAAAGAUGGAAAUGCUUGAUCCUUCCACUCUUUCAGACAUCACUUCUCCUGUCACCUACAACCCUCGGUCUGAGACCGUGACCUUUCCAGCAGCGGUCACCUCGGUGGCGGGCAUCACCGUGGUGACCGGUGGCACUGAACUCUCCUGUGGAUCCUGCAUGCUGGCCUUUUGCUUCUGGGGAACACUCAUUAGCUUCAGCUGUAUAUCUGUGGGUGUGUGGGACCAACUAAACCAUUUUCAAACAGGAACUUCCUACUUGCUGGUGUUGGGGAUUGUGAUACUUGCCGUGAGUUUAUUGAUUGUGGGAAGUGUUCUGGCGUACAACUGUCUGACAAAGAAGAGGAGAGCUCGGACGCGAGAGCACAGGCAGGAUGGGAAAGAGGUUCUUGUGGAGGGUGAGAAGGUAUUUAAAAAGCUCACAGUAUAAAAAAACAACAUAAACAGUGAUGGUGAAUCCGAAUGCACUGAUCUGUGAAUAGUUGCACAACACUAUGCAGGGAAAAAACAUUCCUGAUGAGAUCUGUUGAUUUAAGGCAUGCAGAAAUGCAGCUUUUGUGCUCUUUGGAAAAACAAGUGUCUCCAUUUUGCGUUACUUCUGCUCCACUGACAUAAGACAUAAUGUAACACAGUCCAGCUUAUUACCAGCUAUAAUUACUUUACACUUUUGGCUUUGUAUAUAAAAAAAGUAAACCAUGCCACAGUAUAAAAUGUAUGAAAAGCUCUUCCAGCGUUAUUAACAUGAUAAUGAUACAAUAGUUCUUCUGUACUUUUAUUAAAGUGUAAUUGUGAACUUUAUUUUGUUUUAAUAUUUCUGAUUAAUUCCCUUUUUUCAAGUACAGUUGUGCCUUUAGUUGUUGAUUGUGGUCUUAUAACACAACUGCUGUUACUGCAUCUGCCAUUUAGACAAAAUAUACAAUAAAAUUAUCAACAGUAUGU